AUGUUAAAAUCAAUUUUACACACAUUUUCCUUACUUAAACCAUAUAAUCGAAAUCAAAUAAUAUUUUGCCAAAAAUGCUGUAGAAAAACCCCCUUCAGAAACUACAGUAAAGACAGUGCCGAACGAAUAAGACAAGCUAAUAAAAAAGGUAUCAGAACUUCACUUUACUAUAUUACUGCAGCUGGGAUUUUCACAAUAGGCAUGAGUUAUGCAGCUGUGCCUUUGUAUAGGAUGUUUUGCCAAGCCUACAGCUAUGGAGGCACUACACAGCAAAGCCAUGACGGUAGUAAAGUAGAGGGUAUGCAAGUUAAUCAGAAAAGACCCAUUAAAAUCAGAUUUAAUGCUGAUAAGGCGGCCAAUAUGAGGUGGAAUUUUAAACCACAACAAAACGAAAUUACAGUGUACCCAGGUGAAACUGCUCUAGCAUUUUACACUGCAGUAAACCCUACAGACCAUCCAGUGAUAGGUAUCAGUACUUACAAUGUUAUUCCCUUCGAGGCAGGCCAGUAUUUCAAUAAAAUCCAAUGUUUUUGUUUUGAAGAACAAAUGUUGAAUCCUCAUGAACAAGUUGACAUGCCAGUAUUCUUCUACAUUGAUCCAGAAUUCUCAGAAGAUCCUUAUUUGGAGUUUUGUAAUGAUAUCACUUUGUCUUACACGUUUUUUGAAGCCAAGGAAGGGUUUAAAGUUCCUAUACCACAGUUUUUACAAAGAUAA